CUACACCAAAUCUUCUGGCCAGACAAGUUUGCGCCAAGUCUGAUGCGAUAAAACAUUAUAUCAUGGUUUUUAUUCAUCCCUACAAUAUAGACAUUUGAGAAUCUCCACCAUGGGCGUGCCAGACAGCCACUUACAAGACCUCGAGCGUCAGCGCCUCGAACUCGAGGGCAAUAUCUUGAAACUUCAGGAGUCGUUGUAUCAUUGGCGGACAUGGGAGGCCGAAUACGACGGAUUGAAGGAGGAAAUCAGCAAUCUAGACGACAAUGCUUCGACAAGCGAUUUCCUCCGCAUAGGCCGCAACUUCGGCGGGUCGCUGGUUAAUGAAGGCGAAGUCAAGGUGAUUCUGGGCGAGAAACAAGGCGUGUCACGAUCGAGGCAACAGGUUAUCGAUUUGAUAUCGAGGCGGAUUGACUACGUGAAGGAAAAUGUUGCGACGAUGGAAAAGAGGCUGCGCAAAGCAGAGUCUCAGCUUUAUGCGCUGGAAACUUCCGAACAACUUCCCUCAGAACCUACUGCGGAUUUUCAAAUGACGGAGAUCAUUGAGGAACUCGAUGACAAUGGCAAUGUGAUUUCCAGCUCAAUCUCGACGCCUGGGAAUCAGGCCCCGGAACUCCUGGAAAUUUUGAAGAAGGCCGGCGUGAAGGACAUACCGGAGGUUCCGAAGCGGAAAGACACAGAAAAUGCUGCACCACCUGUCAAUGCUGAGGAUGAUCGGGCUGCCCCGGAAGACGCAGAACUACGCCGUGAGAUGCUACGAUACAGCUUGGAUGAAGUCGGAGCUGUCGUUGCCGAGCUUGAGCUAGACGAAGAUGCGGACGAAGUCUCUGUUGACGAAGAAUUUGACGAAGAAUUUGACGAAGAAUUUGACGAAGAAUAUGACUAUGAUGACGAUGAGGAAGAGGAAGAAGACAGUUUUGGAAGGACGCGUCCUGUCCUGGAUGAAGACUAUCAUCGGCAGAUGCGGGAGCUAGAGAAGAAGUUGAACGCCAAGGGCUUGUGGAAUGUGGGCAAAGAUACCACUUCCCUUCCAGAGGAUAUUCAGAAGGAACUUGAACGACCUGCUGUUGUUCGAAUCGAGAAAUCCGACGAUUCUGUUGAUACGGCGGUGAAGGAGAGCAAGCCGAAGAAAAAGGUUGCUUUCGCCGAAGAGCUGGAUAUUGCUCCGGCCCCUAAACCUGCUGUCCCCGAGAAGAAGACUCUUCCACCCAAGCACCCUGAAGUGCCGACAAUGGCGGAGUCGGUUGUGGAACGCACCCAGCAGAACGGGAAGACACCAGCGGCAAGUAGGGGUCCAAAGAAGGCCUCGCGCUUCAAGAGUGCCAGGAAAGCAACCACGGAAGAGAUACCCAGCGUCGUUCCUCCCACCAACGGCAUCCGAGCCUCAGAUCCUCGCCCACCGCAUCGCAAGCCCGCUGCCCCAACACCAGAUUCCAUUCCUCUCUUCCCGGCCAAACCAAGGCAACCCAAACCAUUCUCACAACCAAUCUCAGAUAUCAUUGAAAAGCCAUCCCCACCACCGCAACCCGAAGGUCCGGAGGGGAAGAUCCUCGCAGAUACACUUGUCGAGCGAACCGUCUCAGAAGGAGCCGCCGUCGCUCCCGAGCCAGACGAGCUCGACGAGCAGCUGCACAGGAAAGAAAUCGCGACGGAGUUCUACAGGAUGCGGAACCGGAAGGUCCAGCAGAACGGUGGGUUCGUGGAUGACGAACCCGAGAGGGUUCCCAUAGACGUCGAUGGAGCCCCGAGGCGCGUGAGCAAGUUCAAAGCAGCGCGGAUGAGUCAAUCAUAGAAGUACCAUGGCCAUGAGAGCAUAUACCCAUUCUAUUAACAUUCGUCCUUUCUCUUCUUCUUGUGUAGUGAUCUACUCCUGAGUGUAGAUCGGAAUUCUCACUCUGCCACUUGCUCUCCGGAGUUCUGGCGGAGUCAUGAUCAUAUCUGAACCAGUGGUAUGAUCAACUUGAGAAGAUUCCAAGAUCGAAGCUUAAGAGGGCUCUCUGACUGUAUUUCGUCCCCGGCUCAUCAACUGCACGUACUGUGCUCAAGUAGAGUACUUACGGACGGCUGAUGAGUUGGAGCAUGUGGAAAUCCGGUAACGUUUCACCCUCUACAAGACUGUUCAGGCUGGCACCUCUAUUUUGCGUGGAGCUGGCUCUUUAAAUGCACAUGGUCAGAUUAAAUCUCCACCGUAUUCUUCGCUUUAUUGCUUGACUAGGACUAUUGAACAUAUUGUGUCUUCCCACCAAGAGUCCAACAAAAACAGUUUAGGUAUCAA